UCCUCGUAUGAGACGCAGUGUGAGACAUUCAAAACCACUGCAGCUCUCAGAUACACUCAGCAGUCAAACACCUCUGUAUUAAGACCUUCACACACAUCUGGAUCAGUGCUAUUGAUUUUAUUUUGUUUAUUUGUUAAGAGCACUGUUGAGGUGUUUUGUUACAUGAAGUUUAAUUCAAGAAAACAGGAGAAGUUUAUAUAAACAUUUACUACUGAAAUACAGACCUCUUGAAAGAACUGGAGCAUGUGUUAAGAUGGAUGUAAGGGUACUGUUGAUAUCAGCUUUGCUAGCGUUGGUCUCUCACGUCAGAGCAAAAACAGACAGUAAUGAAUGCGUUUCUGCAAAUGCAAAAACGUGUGGAGAAUGUAUUCAGGUCGGGCCACAGUGUGUGUGGUGCAAAGAUCCUGAUUUCAAACCUUCACGCUGUGAUAACCAGGAGUCCCUGGAAAAAGCCGGUUGCACUUUAUCCGGCAUUGAAAACACUCGAGGAUCAUUGACCAUCGACAAGAACAAAUCCGUUACGAACCGCAAAGCGGUUGAUAAAGCGGUGAAACUGGAUGUUAGUGAGAUAACCCAGAUUCAACCACAGAAGCUCACCCUAAAUCUCAGAUCAGGUGAACCACAGAAGUUCAAUUUGAAAUUCAAACGCGCAGAAGAUUAUCCCAUUGAUCUUUACUUCUUGAUGGACCUCAGCGACUCCAUGUUAAGUAAUCUUGAGAAUGUCAAGAACCUCGGAACUGAACUUGCCAAGGAGAUGCAGGACAUCACGUCGGACCUGCGGAUUGGGUUUGGCUCAUUUCUGGAGAAGCUUGUUAUGCCCUUUAUUCUCACGACUCCAAAGUAUCUGAAGAAUCCAUGUUUUCCUGGUGACUGCACUGCACCCUUCACCUACAAACACGUCCUGGACCUGACCAGCGAUGGCCAGAAGUUCAGUGACGAAGUCAGCAAGCAGCGGACCUCUGGAAAUCUUGAUUCACCGGAGGCAGGAUUCGACGCAAUCAUGCAAGCUGCCGUCUGCACGAGCGAGAUUGGCUGGAGGAAUGUGACUCGUCUUCUUGUGUUUUCUACGGAUGCCGGAUUUCAUUCUGCUGGAGAUGGAAAACUUGGUGGAAUUGUUCGUCCCAAUGAUGGGAAAUGUCAUCUGCAGAAUAAUAUGUACAAUAUGGGCAACCACUUGGACUACCCCACAAUCUCUCAGCUGGCAGACGUACUGAGCGAAAACAACAUUCAAACCAUCUUUGCUGUGACCAAGCCUUUCCAGAGUCUUUAUGAGGAUCUGUCUGCUCUAAUUCCUAAAUCAGCAGUGGGGACUUUAUCUGACAGCUCCACCAAUGUCAUGCGACUCAUCGUUGAUGCCUAUACUUCUUUGUCCUCUGAGCUCAAUCUGGAGAACAGCAAGCUGCCUGAUGGUGUGUCCAUCUCAUAUGUUUCUCACUGCAAGAACGGGGUGAGCCAAAAAGGAGAAAAUGGACACAAGUGCUCCAACAUCUCCAUUGGGGAUGAGGUGAAUUUUGAUGUAGAAAUCACCACUGUGGGUUGUCCAUCUAAAGGCCAGUCUCAGACGAUAAAGAUCAAACCAUUGGGAUUCAGUGAGGAGGUGGAGGUCGUCCUCAACUUUAUCUGCGAAUGUGAGUGUCACAAAGAGGCAAUUCCCAACAGUCCGGAGUGUACAAGCGGCAAUGGUGCUUUGGAGUGUGGAGUGUGCAGGUGUAACGAAGGCCGACUUGGAAGGUUAUGUGAGUGCAGCCGGGACGAGGUCCUGACCGAAGAUUUUGAUGCAAACUGCCGCAAGGAUAAUUCAACAAACAUCUGCAGCAAUAAUGGAGAGUGCGUCUGCGGGACGUGCGAGUGCAAAAUACGAGAAAACCCAGAUGAGAAGUACAGCGGCAAGUACUGCGAAUGUGACAACUUCAGCUGCGACCGCUCCAACAACAAAGUCUGUGGAGGUCACGGCAAGUGCGAUUGUGGAAAAUGUAUCUGCGAUGCUAACUACACAGGCAGUGCGUGUGACUGCCCUCUGGACACCUCAAGCUGUUUGGGCAGUAAUGGAGAAAUCUGUAGCGGUCGAGGCACCUGUAAGUGCGGAGAGUGUAUAUGUACCGACCAAAACUUUUUGGGGAAGACCUGUGAAGACUGCAAAGACUGCCUUAAAGAUUGUACUGAACACAAGGACUGUGUUCAGUGCCGAGCUUUUAAAAUCGGCGACAAGAAAGAUACAUGCGCGAAAGAAUGCGGAAACUUCAAUCUUAAGAUGGUGAAGAAGAAGGAGGAUCUUCCUCAGCCCCUUUGCAAAGAGCGAGAUGCUAAUGACUGUUGGUUCUUCUUUACUUAUCCUACCAAAAAGGGGAACACUUUUGAGGCUCAUGUGGCGGAUAGUGUUGAAUGCCCCUCUGGGCCGGCCCUCAUCCCCAUUGUGGUGGGUUUGGUCGCGGGAAUCGUUUUGAUUGGUUUAGCUCUGCUGCUUAUCUGGAAGCUGCUCAUGGUUGUUCACGACCGUAGGGAAUUUGCCAAAUUUGAGAAAGAGAAGAUGAAUGCCAAGUGGGACACGGGUGAUAACCCCAUUUAUAGGAGCGCUGUGACCACGGUUGUGAAUCCCAAAUAUGAGGGUCAAUAAUAUACGGGUGUAUAUAUCUUCAAGCAACACAUUUGAAAAAUAGUUUUUUUUUUGUGCAUUUUCUACUGAUCUGUAUCAUUUGUUUAACUUUUUCUAUGUAUUUUUUGUAAUUGUACAGUAUGUAUAAACUCUUAGACCAUGAUUUCAACGUUCAGUUUAAUUUUUGUUUGUUUUAUUCACACGUUUGUUGUGUCUUGUUUUCAGAAUGCUAAAGCCAAUCGUUUUGGGUUAUAUGGGAGGUUUUGCAGAUAAGAUAUUUAGCUGAGUAGAAAUAACAAAUCCACAGAGAAAAGAAAAUAUCUAUUCUUACAGUUGUUUCUUAAUCGCUUUGCGGCAUUUCUCCAAACAUUUUUAAAAUUAGCAAAAUAACGUGUUCUCAGAUAAUUUCUCGAACAAACUGCACAACAUUAUAGAUGUUCUGCAAAAUCCUAUAACUUGUUCAAAAUCAUUAGUUUAUCUCUCAAAAGUUAAUGAACAUGUCAGUCAGAUCAAAAGUCUGUGUGUUAUUCUUCAUGAGCAAGACAGCCAAAAUGUUUAGCCAUGUUGUCAAUAUAACAAUUGUGUACACAAUUAUAUGUGUCAGUAUUUUCUGAUGUAAUCUCUGGAAUUCCCAUUUUCACCUUUUUUUUUUUUUGCUUUAAACAAAUGACACAAAUUGUGAUUUUGAAAAAAAAAACAUAUUUUACAGUGCAAAUAUUAGAUAAAAAUGACAAAAGUAGAAAGGUUCAUUGUACACUGUAAGAAAUGUCAAAUUUUCUCUAACUCAAAAUUUGUCCAAAACAAUGAGAAUUUGCUUUUGUUUUGUGAUGAUGUGGAUGUUAAACAAAGUGUUUUGAAAAAUUAAUAUCUUAUCUGAGGAAUGUUCCAAAGCGACAAACCGGAAACCUGCAAUUAUACAUCUGUGACCGCAUUCACUGCCUGUCUGAAAAAGUGACCUGUUUAUAUGAAAGUUUUUAUUUUAUGAACAUUAACUUUUAAGUAAUCUAAAACAGAAAGCGUUAGGAUGUUUUUUAUAUUUGAUUUAAUCACAUAAACAAAUAUCUUUGUCAAACAUA